AUGGCCGAUUACCUAGCCUCCAUCUUUGGCACUGAAAAGGACAAGGUCAACUGCUCCUUCUACUUCAAGAUCGGCGCCUGUCGACACGGCGAACGCUGCUCUCGCAUCCACAAUAAGCCGACCUUCAGUCAGACCAUUCUCCUGCAGAAUCUCUAUCAGAAUCCGCAGAAUGUAACGCAGUCGUCGGAUCCACUGGGAAAAGAAAUGACCAUCCAGCGGGUGAAGACGAUGAGCGACGAGGACGCACAGGAGCACUUUGACGACUUCUUCGAGGACGUCUUCAUCGAGCUGGAGGACAAGUACGGCGAGAUUGAGGAGAUGAACGUCUGCGACAACCUCGGGGACCACCUCGUGGGCAAUGUCUACGUCAAGUUUCGCCGCGAAGAGGACGCCGAGCGGGCGGUGGCCGA